GAGGAGUCAGCCGGGAGGUUAUAAAAACACCUACGCUGCUGCUUUCCAGCCACCUUCCACGCUCAUCCUAUCAGGCGUUUCCCCCUCGACCGUCCUCUGCGGCUGUUGAAGCAGUGGGCCAAAUCACGACGCUAACACUGGAGCUGUAAAAUUAACAACGGGGGCUCCCGUUUAAAGCGCCGCAGCAAGCUGACCAGCCAGCGCAGUGUGAUCACUUGCGACUCUCUCUGAAACGACUUUCUGUUUCGGAGAAGUGCAAAUUGAUAACCCAAAAACCACUGCCGCCGCACAUCCUCCAAAAAAAUUACCCCAAAUCGAAGCAAAAUGGUGCAAAAUAAGAUCACCGAAGUCACUGGUUUCCAUCGCUCUUUCAAGGGCCAAAAUCCCUUUGAGUCAGAUGACUUCACUAAAAAUGGAUCCCAUCUUAUUGAUUCAACAUUUAAUUUUGAUUCUUCCCCAAGACACGACAUGCCCUCCAGCCAGCCUAUUGACAUCCCCGAUGCCAAGAAGAGAAACAAGAAGAAAAAGCGUUGCCGGGCAACUGACAGUUUCUCUGGACGAUUCGAGGAUGUCUAUAGACUUCAGGAAGAGGUACUAGGAGAGGGCGCCUAUGCUAGGGUGCAAACAUGCAUCAACCUCAUCACCAACAAAGAGUAUGCUGUCAAGAUCAUUGAGAAAAGACCAGGUCACAGCCGCAGCCGUGUCUUCCGUGAGGUUGAGAUGCUCUAUCAGUGCCAGGGACACAGUAACAUCCUGGAGCUGGUGGAGUUCUUUGAAGAGGAAGACAAAUUCUACCUGGUGUUUGAGAAGCUUAGAGGAGGGUCCAUCUUGGCACACAUUCACAAGAGACGGCACUUCAGUGAGCAGGAAGCCAGUGUUGUCGUGCAGGACAUUGCCAGCGCUCUGGAUUUCCUGCAUAACAAGGGAAUGGCACACAGGGACCUGAAGCCUGAAAACAUCCUCUGUGAGAGUGCAGACAAGAUUUCACCUGUCAAGAUUUGUGACUUUGACUUGGGCAGUGGGAUCAAGCUGAACAGUGACAGCUCACCCAUCUCCACCCCUGAGCUCCUAACUCCUUGUGGCUCUGCAGAAUAUAUGGCACCUGAGGUGGUUGAGGCCUUCAGUGAGGAGGCCACAAUUUACGACAAGCGCUGUGACCUGUGGAGCCUUGGAGUCAUCCUCUACAUCAUGUUGAGUGGCUAUCCACCCUUUGUAGGCCGCUGUGGCGGUGACUGUGGCUGGGAACUAGGGGAGCCCUGCCACACCUGCCAGAACACUUUGUUUGAGAGUAUCCAGGAAGGAAAAUACGAGUUUCCAGAGAAAGACUGGGCUCACAUCUCCUCAAGUGCCAAAGACCUUAUAUCCAAACUUCUGGUGCGGGACGCCAAAAACCGCCUGAGUGCUAGCCAGGUGCUACAACACCCCUGGGUGCAAGGGGGUAUAUCUGACACUUUGCCAACAUCUAUCUUGCAUCAAAGAACCAGCAAUGCCAGGGAUCUGACAUUCUUUGCUGACAAAGCCAUGGCCGUGAACCGGCAGCUGGCUGAACAGGAUGGCAUGGAAGAACAGCAGCAGCAGGAAACCCCGUUUGUUGUUACCGCUGCUGGCUCUUCUAUGCGCCUCUCUCCUCCUUCCAACUCCAAGCUGGCCAGGCGCAGGCAGCGAGGCAGCCAACCCAAGGGAGGGCCAGUCUCUGCUGCUGAGCUUCGUCAGCUCUUGGCCCCUCUCGUUAUUGUGGGAGAUUGUGCCUGAACUUUGUCAACCCGGACCUCCGACCUUCCGUUAAGAUUCAAGUCCAGAUCUAAGACUGUCCUGAUACUCUCCCUCCCUAAUUCUGGCCCCUCUCUCUGACUUUAGCUGGCCUUGGUUCCUCUGCCAUUCAGGCUUUCUUGCCUCGCUGUAAAGGGAGAUGCUGCUCGCAGCUCUUCCUCUAAAUGCCUUCUGCCCUUCUGCAGCACUUCUGAAGCACAUCAGCCCAGGGCCUGCAAAUAGCAAAUACACAUAUGUGCACGUCCAGGUUGGGGGGGGAGGGUGGUGUUAAUGAUAUGGGGGAGAGAGAGAGAGAGAAAGAAAGAAGUAUUUUCUAAGUUAUGUUUUUUUUUUUUUUUUUUUUCAUACAACUCAGUUCAGAAGAAACUAAGCUCAGACACCAAAGGACAACCUGUUGUGCUGCUCCCACAUUACAACUGGAUCCACUGUGAAUUAAGUUAUCUGGAAUGUUUGCCUGUAUGUAUAUGCAUGAAUGGCCCAUCUGCAGAUACGUACAAGCUUAUGCAAUAUCCCAAGAUGAAGGCUGUUCCUGUCUUGAAGGGAUUCAGUAUAAGGGGUUGGAAGGGCUGUAAGCCAAUGCUGUCCGUGCCUGGUGCGGUCCAUUGUGUGGCUGGGGACUCUUCAAAGAUUUUUUUUUUUUUUUUUUGGUCUCCAUUUUAAGAUAAAUUCCUCACAACUGAGCCUCAUCUGUAAAUGGUCAGAGAUGAAACGCACUCAUCCAGCUUGGUGGCCAUGCACUUAAUGCUCCUAGAGCAGCGAAUGUUUGUCUGUUCCCUGCCAGCCAUGAUUUACUAUUGCACCGUUUCAUACGGUUUGAUAUUAUAUGAAUAUAUAUGCCAAAUUAUCAGUGGCCACACCGUUCAGUGUUUGAGACAUCAGUCAAGUCUAAUAGUAUUGAAUAAACUAUUUUACUUGGGUUAUGAUGAAUGGCCAGCUGGUAUACUGGUACAGACUAAUUAUGUUAAAUGGCCACACAAGUGAAAUUGGGUCAGUGUUCCUUUCAAUGUAAAGAGUUCAUGACAUGUCCCCUUGCCACAACCAGAACUUGUGAUUUUUUUUAUUUUUUUUUUUGUAAUUUUUUUUUUUCUACAAAUCAAUUUAUGCAUUAGAUUAACCUUUAAUAUUUUGGCAGUAAAGGUUAGAACCCCUCUCACGGGGUUUGAAAAGCACAUUUUGGCCAAUGUGACCCAAGUGUCGUUUGUUGAUUCAUUUAUUUGAACCAUCAUCUUUAUAAGGGUUCACCAUUGUUGUUUUUGAUGAGACACCCCUUUCAAAAUGACAUUACAAAUUUUCAUAACAAAUAAGAGGCAGAGGAGAUUUCUCAAAAAAAACAAAAAGAAACAUUGAAAAAAAGGAAAAACAUUCCACAAAAAGAAAAAUGACAAAAAAAAGUCUUCCACAAACGUGUAGCUGUAUUAAGUUUACCUUAUUUUUUCAUGUUUGAAAACUCCAUGUCAAUGUGCCACACUGAUAUUUUUUUUUUCCUUUUUUGUAUGGCUGUUAAUAAUAAGCUUUUACUUUCUACAUGGUGAUUUUCAUGCAGGUGCUGUUGAGUUCAGGUGAAACACCGGAUGUUUUCCUUACGUUUUGUUUUUUUUAAUGUUUUAUGUUUUUAAAAAAGUUCAGAGUAUGAGGUGAGAUGGCGAGAGUUUGUGUAGUUGAUCUGGAGCGUUCAUGCCCAGUGAAGGCAAGUUUUUAAGUUUUAUUUUUUUAUGUGCAAGAGUUGGCAAUAAUCAAAACUUUUUUUUUUUUUUUUGGUUCAGAUUAAGUUAAAGCUCAUUCUGAAACUGACAGGUAAUGGACUGGUGAUGAGGUCUCACAACACUGUAGCCAUUUCACCAAAGAGGGUUCAAGUCAUGACAUUGAACAUGUGAGCAUGAUCCAUCACUGAGAAGUGGGGAUCUUCUGAUUGUCCAUGUCCUGUUGCCAGCAAUGCAGCAACGGUACUCUGGAAAUGGUUCUCUUGGUGUGAAAGGACCCAUUAUGCUGAUAAUAGGACACUGUAAUAGUUCUAAGAAAAAAAACAAAAAAAAAACAACCUUUCUACAGAUGCAUCGUUAUGGGGUUUUAUGUCUUAUAAUAAGACUUACUUGAAUUUGUGUAUGCAGCUGUUUCUUCUCCAUUUGGGAAACUACUUUGCUAUCAGUAAUCUAAAAGCAUUAAGCUGAUGAUCAAGGCAAUCUUUUGGGUUUUGAAAAUACCUAUACAGUUCAGUAUUCUGCCUUUUUUCUCCCUUUUUUUUUUUUGAGCAUCAGAAAAGUUAGUCCCUACUUUUUGAUAGGGCUGGAUACUCAAAAACGCACAGACUUUGGCCAUACUCUGUAAUAUCCUGAAUGGUGUAAUACGAGUUUUCUUGGUCAUGACCAUUUCUACUUUUUGUCAAAUGGCAGUAGUUUUUGGACUGCCUUUUAUUGGGGGGAAGGGGACAAAAUGAUAUCCUACGCCUCUCAAUUUUUAUAUUGUAUGUCAUUUUGAAGUAAAGGAAGUGUUAAAAUUCAGUCAUUCAUUCAAAUGGACAGUCCCAUCAACCUCCCCACAAUUUGAAUGUAGCCCACAGGCAAAGCAUUUACAAUCCAGCAACAUUGAUCAAAUGUUUUAUAAAUAGUUCGUUUCAUGGACACGGUGUGGGGAAAUGUCGAUUCUUUCUACGUUGAUAACAGUCCUCAAGCUUAGGCUUUCUUUUUUUUUUUUUUUGGAGAGUUGACACCUGAUUUUAACGCUGUCUGAAUCACCCCAAGCUCAUUGUGUUCAUGGGAAGAAAUUUGAAAUAAAUACAUCCUUUAAAUACAAAAAAAAUAUUUUGAUUUAAAAUAAGCACUUUACUGUACCAUGUGAAUGAUUGCAGUUCACUCAAGGCAACAUUUAUGACAGUUGCUACAGAAUUUUGUAUUGUUUUUCUAAAAAAGAAAAAAAGAGCAAUAAAAUGCUUUUAAACUA